GAAGAAAUCGGCCGCUACGAUAUCGCUGCCGUCGUCGACCUUGUACUGAGUGUCACCGGUUCCACCAAAGUUACCCUUCUCGUGUAUUCCCAAGGAAUGACUGCGAGCGUGGUUCUGCUUUCUACGAGGCCUGAGUACAACGAGAAGAUUGACCUACUUGUAGCCUACGGUCCCGUGGUGAAUCUAACAAACAUCGGAUUUCCUAUACGUGAUCUCAUGGCUGUCUCUGAUCCACUUUUUCUGCUUCUGGAUCCUCUGAAAGACAGUGGUUAUUUCAACCUACCGGAAGCUUCAAGGCAGCUGACAAAGCUCGUAUGCGGCGUUCUUCAAGGACAACCUUGCAGCCUCUUAUUGUCAAUUACGCUUUUAAGCAGUCCUGAGCAGAUGAACAAGACGAGAUUACCUGUCGUGCUGGCACAUUAUCCUAUUGGAACAUCGUAUCAAAAUCUACGACACUUCGUGCAGAUAAAUAGAGCGAAGAACUUUCUCAUGUAUGAUUACGGUGCCUCCAAGAACAAGAAACGGUAUGGACAGGAGAAGCCUCCGGCUUACGACGUGGGUCGCAUUGCAGUCAAGACGGCACUGUUCUCGUCACAAGGAGACAACAUGGCGGAUCCUAAAGAUGUGUCUCUGCUUGUUGAAAGACUUGGCACCAACUUGCUUUUCAACAACGUGGUGCCACAAAAAAACUUCCGUCAUCUGGACUUCCCUUUCGGCUACCAAGCAACAAAGUUUCUGCACGAAUUGAUGCUCGAUACAAUCGAAAAUGAUGACGGCACAAGCACCUAACAAGAGCUACAAAUUUCGUAACAAAAUAUGCAAAGCCAGUCACAUUUCGUCGAAGAAAUUCAAUGUUGAUGCUCAUGUGACUUUAGUGAUUUUGCGUUUGUCAAAGCUUUUUAUUUUCUUUGCUUGCCUGCCAACAAACGAGUCUCUUGAGUCAAGCCAACGAAAAUACAAACCUAAUGAAGUCAACAUCAAUAAAAACAUUUUGUGAAGCAAACAAACAUUCAAACUUGCAUAAUCAAACUCAGCGGAGUAUGCUGAAUUUUCAACACUUCAAAACCAGCCUCAUCUUCUGCGGGUACCUUUCUCAGGAGCAUCAACGCUGCACCAGAAUUAAGCUGUUUUCAUGCACAAAAUAAAUACUUGAUGAGCACAGUUCAUCAAAAUUUCUAUAAAGUCACGUAUUACAUGCAAGUUUUACGCGUACAUGUGGCGGUUUUCAGAAAUAUAAAAAUAUUCAACAAAAACAGAAAUUGCGUAGCAUCGACACUUUUAUUUCGCUGCAAAAAAAUAUGGUUAG